AACCUUGAUAUGUUAAGACCUUUGCAUAUCAGAGUAGUUUUUGAGAACCUCAAAAAACUCACACCGAAGGCAAUCUGAAAUGAAAGGAUUUGGUAAGAUCUUUAGCCAACAUACCUAAAUCCAGUUACACAAGAUUGAAGGGGAAAAAAAUCUGACGUGUCAACAAUCUGUUCAAACAUUUGAUGUCUCUCUUUAUUCCAUUUGUACCACCAAAUUCAAAUGGACGAAAUCCCGGUGAAUUUAAAAAAUAAGGUAACCCUUUCAGAUUUUACACUUUACUUCACUUACAUGAAAUAACUCAUCCAUGUAUAAAACUCCAUGGAUGUGUAAUAGUCCCUUUUCUGUUGCUGUGAUGAACCGUAAUAUCCAAGCCACCUUAGGAAAGAGUUUAAUUUUCCCAUGGGUCCAGAGUGAUACAAGAUCACCAUGCAAGUGGCAGGGCUCCAAGUGUCAGGCUAAGCAGCCUUCAGCAUGAAGCAGAGAGUGGGAAGUAGAGAUGGUGUGUGGAUGGAAAGUCUCAGGCCUGCCCCCGGGACACGUUUCUUCAGCCCAGCAGCAUUGUUUAAGUCUUCCCACAUGAUACAGCCAACUGUGAAGGAUUAAUUUCUCUGACUUCAAGCUGACAUGCUUGCUUUCUGUUGCAUGAACCAAUUCAAGAUGAAGAAAAACCCUAGUGCAGUGACCUAUGAUGACGUGCAUAUUGACUUCAGUUUUGAAGAGUGGGCUUUGCUGGAUCUUUCCCAGAAGAGUCUGUACAAAUCUGUGAUGCUGGAGACCUACAGGAACCUCACUGCUAUAGGCUACCAUUGGGAAACCCGUCCUAUUGAAGAAGGAUGUCAAAGUUCUAGAAGACAUGGAAGGCAUGAAAGAAUUUGUACUGGAGAGAAACCCUCUGAAUUCAUUCAGUGUUGUAUAGCCUUUGCAUGUCAUAGUCAUCUUCAAAGGAUUGAGAGGAAUCAUACUGGAAAGAAACCCUGUGAAGGUACUGAAUAUGGUGCAGCCCCUACACAUCCUACUGGAGAGAAAUCCUUUGAACAUAGUCAGUGUGGCAAAGCCUUUGCACAACAGAGUCAUCUCCAAAAUCAUAAAAAAAUACACAGUGGAGAGAAACUUUACAAUUGUAAUCAAUGUGGUAAAGCCUUUGGAUGUCCCAGUCAUCUUCAAGUACAUAAAAGAAAACAUUCUGGAAAGAAACCUUAUGAAUGUAAUCAAUGUGGUAAAGCUUUUACAUGUAACUAUUAUCUGCGAGUACAUAAAAGAAUACAUACUGGAGAGAAACCCUACAAAUGUAAUCAAUGUGAUAAAGCCUUUAUAAGUAACAAUCAUCUUCAAAAACAUAAAAGAACACACAGUGGAGAGAAACCUUACAGCUGUGAUCAAUGUGGUAAAGCCUUUAUAAGUAACAAUCAUCUUCAAAAACAUAAAAGAACACAUAGUGGAGGGAAACUUUACAGCUGUAAUGAAUGUGGUAAAGCUUUUAGCAGUCACAGUAAUCUCCAAAUACAUAAAAGAACACAUACUGGAGAGAAACCUUACAGCUGUAAUGAAUGUGGUAAAGCCUUUAGAAGUCACAGUAGUCUCCGAGUACAUAAAAGAACACACAGUAGAGAUUCCACACAUUCUUCUCAUUGCUCCCACCGCUCACCGUACCGAGCCUCCGCAGGCGCCCCCCAGCACUUCGCACACUCUCUUCCAGCCCUGCCAGUCCCGGGAGCCGGCGAGGCCGGCCUGGGGCGGCCCGGUGCGGGAGCACCGCGAGGAGUACCGGCUGGAGCAGCUCAGGGGCCGAAGUUUGCCGCACCAGCUCGGGCGGCCGAGGUUUGUUUCCUUGAAAAGGCUCCAGGCUUCGGCUUGGAAAAUCCAACCGCCAAAAUUGAGCCCAGCAGCUGGAGCAGCAGCGAGAGUCCUGCCGAAAACAUGGAAAGGAUGAGCGACUCGGCGGAUAAGCCGAUUGACAACGCGGAGGGGGUCUGGAGCCCUGACGUCGAGCGGAGCUUUCAGGAGGCCCUGGCGAUCUAUCCGCCAUGCGGGAGGAGGAAAAUCAUCUUAUCAGACGAAGACAAAGUGUAUGGUAGAAAUCAAUUGAUAGCCAGAUACAUCAAACUCAGGACAGGGAAGACAAGGACCAGGAAGCAGGUGUCUAGUCACAUUCAGGUUCUUGCCGGAAGGAAAUCUCGUGAUUUUCAUUCCAGCUAAAGUUCCAACACAGUGCCUUUUGUUCUGAGUCUCCUUCUACACCCAAGAAGCCCAGAACUAUCAAGGCAGAGACCCUGGAAUUUAUUAUGCAUUGCGGCCAAGGGAGAUGGACGGAGGCAGCCUUUUCACCUCACGUUUGUGUUUAAGUGAUUGCCCAGCAUGAGGAAAUAGGAAGAGGAAAGGAGGCCUUGCUCUGUCCUCACCGAGGCAGGAGUCUGUCUUGGGCAGAUUUGUUUUGUGUCCGGCUGUGGCAUGCAAUGAAGAAAAGCUCCCACCAGUGCCUCAUCCAAGCUUCCUGUGCCUCUGAUCUAUCCAGCGACUGAAUUAUUAGCUAUGCGAACUCUGCUGAGUCCUUCAUUUCUGCCCUGGGGCCCUUUGUGAUUUGAUCUUCGAACAGACCUUUCUUUCCGGUCCACCAUUCCUUCUAAUAAGCAAAUAACUUAAAGUUCAAAUAAUUGAUUUUAUUCUUUCAAAUUCAAGAACUUUUUGGAGCAUCACUCAAGUACAGCCUGCUGCAUCCAGUUAGUGUUAUCAAUAAGGCGUACUCUAGGGGAGACAGCCGUGUGGCACUCCCUGUGGUCCCUGGGCCACACGGGGAGUGGGACCUGAACAAAACACAAGGUCCCAAGCCUUGAUGGGAACCUACAUCCUUCAAGCCAUAUCUCGGGUUUGAGAAACCAUGCUGGCUUCCUUCAGGGUCCAGUCUUCAGGUUCUCUUGCAUUCAUUACAUGAAUCUUUUGGUCUCAGAGGCACAGUAGCUGAUGUGGGGUGGAAUUAGAAUCUCCGCCAGGAAUAUGGCAAUGCAGGACUGCCUUUGUGAGGGAGUCCAGCAUUGAAUCUGUUUGCCUCUCUAUGCAGGCUGAACAAGAUUCAAAGAUUUUUUUUUUUUAGGGUAAACUGAAGCAGCUCUGUUUUUAUGUUUUUAUCUAAAUUGAGAAAUCUCUUGCUAAGCUACCGCCAAGGUAUAUCAGAGAACACUCUAGAAUAACGCUGGCAACCAAGAUUGUGCACUGAAGACCAGAGCUCCUGAGCAGCAGGUCAUGGUAGGGGAAGCCUGGAUGGUGAGCCAGUGGGUUGCCAUCUUGUCUGAUCCUGGCUGCCCUUGCUCUUACUUUAGCAAGGAGGCAGAAAGGGCUCAGAAAAACUUUGUGACCUGUUUGGGGUUACAGAUCUGACCCUAAUCUUUAGCCUGUCUGGUGCCAAAGCAAGUUCUUUGCAAAGCUAUGCAGAAGGGUCCCGGUGACUUGGUGCUGUGCAUGGGUCUCUCCAGCUGGCGAAGAUGCGCAGUGAAGGCCAGCUCCCACUCCAGAGCUCAGCUGCCAGCUCCCAGACACAGGACCGAGCUCCAGACCGCAGCUGUCCCGCAUCCUCGAUUCUUAGGACCGUCUCAAGGCUCACCUACCCAGCUCCUCAUCUGCGGUUCUUUGUGAAGCCAGGGGCCUGCAUUAGAAGAAAAGAACCACUGCGGACAAUGACACAGAGCUAAACAUAGCCCUGUACAUUUGAAAAUGAACAAUGUGUAAAAGCCUUGAAAAAUUUUUUCUUUGAUGUGAAUGGAGUCUUAGGCAUUUCAGAAUACAAUGCAAUGAAUUAAUUGCUCCUCAUUAGGCAGCAAGUCAGGCCAGCGCUGAAUGUGGCUUCCCUCCUCAGUAGCUGUGGCCUGACCAGAGUCGUCCCUUUUGUGUUUGCUCCCGCCUUCUGCAAUGAUAGGCAAAUUAGAGAUCGCUGCUAGAAAACAUUCAAGUGCCCCACCCUUUGCCCAGACCACCUUAUGUUUUUGUGACGUUUAUCUGCUCGGGGGUCACGGUUAAUUAUUGCAGAGGUCACAUGUAUCCACACUGCUUGAUUAGACACAUCUGCAAAAGUAAUUCUUCGGGAAAUAUUUAAUGUUUUGUCUGGUAGAAAGAAUCCCCCCCCCCAAGCAAAUUGCUAUUUUCUCUCCCUUGUGUUAUAAUUUUAUUUGUUGGGGAAAGCAUGUUUGCAGGAAAUUAUGUAAUAGCUUAUGAGAGCUUUUUGCUCUUGGUUUCUAUGACUUCAUAUGUAUUUUCCCGUACUAGUGCUAAUUUUUCCAUAUGAAUAAAUCAGAUUGGGAUCUAAAUUCCUAGAUGAUAUAGCCCAUGAAUAAAUAAAAAAAAAAGAACACACAGUGGAGAGAAACCUUAGGAAUGCAGUGAAUAUGGUAAACCCUUUGCAUGUCAAAGUAGUCUCAGGAUAUGUAAAAGAUGUACUGGAGAGAAACCUUAUAAAUGUAAGCUAUGUGAUAAAGCCUUUGCACAUCUCAGAAGUCUCCAAAGACAUAAAAGAACACACACUGGGGAGAAACUACAAAUAUAAUAAAGGUGAUAAAGCCUUUGCUUCUAUCAACACCCUUCAAAAUCCUGAGACAAAAUUGUAUCACAGAAGAAAAACCCUAUAAAUGUGUGGCAAAAUUUUGGCACUUCAUGGUGGUCUAAAUAUGAGUAGAACUUUUAGUGUGUAAUUGGUCUGUUAAAGCCUUUGUAUAUCACAGUAAUCUUUGAGAACCUGAAAGAACUCAUACCUGUGGGAAUCUGACUAUAAAGGAUUUGGCAAUACCAUUAGCCAGCACACUUAGAUUCAAUUACACAAGAUUAUUUGUUAUGGAGAAAAAAAGAUCUGACAAAUGUCAACAAUCUGUUCAAGCAUUAUGACAUCUCUCUUUAUUUUGUUUUUAUCUGCAAACUCAUGUGACAAAAGCUCUGUGGAUUUAAGUAAGUUAACCCUUUUAGACUUCAUGCUUCAGCUACAUGAAAUAACUUAUGGGUGUGUAAUAGUGCCUUUUCUGUUGCUGUGAUAAACAUAAUGUCCAAGCCACCUUAGGAAAGAGUUUAAUUUUCCCAUGGUUCCAGAGUGAUACAAGAUCACCAUGCAAGUGGCAGGGCUCCAAGUGUCAGGCUUAGCAGCUAAAGCAGCCUUCAGCAUGAAGCAGAGAGUGGGAGAUAGAGAUGGUGUGUGGAUGGAAACUCUCAGUCCUAUUCUUCCAGCACAGUUUUAUUAUUUAAAUCUUCCUACAUGAUACAGCCAACUGUGAAGGAUCAAUUUCUCUGACUUCAAGCUGAUAUGCUUAGAACCAAUUAAAGAUGAGGAAAACCUAUAAGUAAGUGUUUAAGUGCCUAAACACCUAUGUUAUAUGCAUGAAUGUUUACUCAAAAAAAUUCAUGAGCGACAAUUUCUUUAAGGGUUUCAUUUAAUUUUAAUUAUGCAAUGUCAUUGUAUCUUUGUGUGGGGGUAUGCAUUUUAAUGCUAGUUUCCAAGAAGGUUAGAUUCUAGGAUCUUCUUGUAGCAGGAAUUACACAGGUAGUUGAUAUGUGAUGUCCUUCUUUAUAUGUGUUGCUUUUAUUGGUUCAUUAAUAAAACUGCUUUGGCGUAUGACAGGGCAGGAUAUAACCAGGCUGGACAAGAUAUAUAUAGAGAGAGUAGGUGAAGUCAGGGAGAUACAUGCUGAAACUUUCUGGUAGACUACAGCCUCAUGAUGAUACACAGAUUAUAGAAAUCUGUUAAUUUAAGACGUAAGAGUUAGUUUAUAAUGAGCCUGAGUUGAUAGGCCAAGCAAUGAAUAUUGUAAUUAAUGUAGUUUCUAUGUGAUUAUUUGGGUCUGGGUAGCCGAGAAAUGAACAAGCAGCCUCUGUCUACAGGUAGUUGUCAAAAAUCUGGCCUUGGUCCUGGGAGGGAACUUGUCAUAACUGCUCUGCCAAUCUCUAGCCUUGUACAUAUCAUCUUGAUAUCAGGAAAUGUGUAAGAACUCACAGAAGAGAAAAACCCUAUUUGUGAAAAUGAUUUUGUAAAGACAUCACAGUUGUCUUCACUUUCAAGAAAAAAAAAAUCCUGUUUCAUCUCUUUUUCAUUGUAGCCUUGAAGUAAGUAAUUAAUUUACCAUGUUUACUCAAGACUGAUGGUUUCUAUUUUGAAAUAUUUGAGGUGGAUAUUAAAAGUGUGGUUUUUUGGUGUGGUCAAUUGAUUUAAUAAAAGUUAUUGUGAUCCUCA